UUUGCUUGUACUUGCUUUGUUAUUAAGCAAGCAUAAUUGUUCUUGUCAAUAUUUCAUUGGAUUCUUUUGAAAUAUGUAUAAUAAGACACACCACAUGAAAUUUGCACAUGUUAUACAAUUUUCAAUUUCACAUGAGAUAUAAAUUAAUGUAUUCAAGGUGUUGCUUGUUAGCACUUUUUGAUAGAUUCUCUAUAUAAAGAAACUUUGCUAUUCAAUUUUUCUAUUUUGUUGUUCUUUUUUUCACUUUCUUAUCAUUACUUUCAUGGAAAAAUUCAAGCUUAAAUGCAAAGGAAUUUUCUCUAGCAUAGGUUGUUGUCGAAGACGCGAAAAACCUCGAGCGAAAGUUUCAAUGGAUGAGGGAUGUAAAAUAGAAAGAAUUGAAGGCCAAACAGUGACUAUAGAUGAUGGAUCAUCAGAUUUUUGGAGCAGCAGCACUUAUGAUAAGGAUCAUAGUGAAGCUCGGUCACGGAGAAGCGCUUCUUUGAGUGGAAUAACAAUGAAUCCUUCUUCUGAUCAUCAAAGUAGUUCAAGCAGUAAAACUAGUCCUCCUGAAUUUGUCAACCAAGGGCUUAUUGUAUGGAACCAGAUAAGGCAACAAUGGGGUGGAAAUAAAAGACAUGAGAGUCAGACAGUGGUUAGAGAACCAAGAAUAAGUUCAGAUGCUACUUAUGAAGAUCUGCUUGGGAACACAAAGCCUUUUCCACAACCUAUCCCUCUAAGAGAAAUGAUUAACUUUCUUGUUGAUAUUUGGGAGCAAGAGGGUCUAUAUGAUUAAUUGAUUGAUCAAGCAAAAUAGGCAAAUUUGUUCAUUCUCCUAUUGGAUAUAUGUAAUUGUGAAUGGUGUGUGUAACUUUGCAAGCUGUUUUUAUUUUCUGUUUCACUUGUAUAGUUAUGUUUAAAGUACCAAUUCGCAAUCGUAACUGCAAUUGUGGCCGCGACAUGAAGAUUUUUUAUGUCUCAACAACGGCAUCGCGACAACAAUUGUAGACAUGUCUGCCACAUUUGACAGUUGACACCAAUUUUUAGCUGCUGAAAGUUUCUGGCCUAAGUGUUUAUAGUUAAUGCUUCUUGUUGUCACUAGUAACACCAAGAAAUUUUAUCAAUGUAAAGAGUUAAUUUCAUAAACUAAGAAUAUUAAAUCUCCUUAAAUAUCAAGUGUUUAACAU